UUCUUUUGUACUCUGUGGUGCUUUAGUGUGCUUUUGUGGCGACGCUGAGGUUGAAAAGUAGCGUAGCUUUGCAUUGAUACUUAUUAGAAAUUGAUCCCCGUUCUGCCUUUGUUCGGUUCAAUCAUUGAUCAGCGUGGCAGCAGCACAGCCUCCGCCAGCCACACCGAUCUGGGAUCAGCACCGCGGACAGCACUGAUAUUUACACGCUUUUUCGCUGUUUUGUUUUUUUAAAACCUUUACCCUGCCGUGCUGACAUGCACGGAAACUUUUAAUGCGCCGUCGAGUGGGUAACUUUUCACGCAGCUUCGUGUUUUAUGCGUUGCGUUGCUGACUUUUGCUUCGAAACCACCUCCAUUUGAGCACAAAUAUUGUCAUAUAUUUGCAGUAUGCAUGUUGACAAGUGGAAAGUUUACGGCGUAGGUGUUUGCGUUCAACGGAAGCCGGACGGACAUACCGGUAGUCGUCACUGAUGAUCAACAAAACAAACAUUAAUUGUUGUGUAAAUGUCAUCUUUUUGACGCUUCCGGUGGACUGGCAACUGCUGUGGGGAAUGUGGCAGUUUCCAAGCUUGUCCUGGGAGACAUCCUGACACCCGAGUUACAGAUGGGAGGCAUUGGACCGAGGAAGCCGGUGUCACAGCGUAGAUUGGAAUUCACAGCUGGGAUGGAACAUCAAACAAAUUUGCAAUCUUACAUAUGCUUUUUACUGUUUGUUCACCCAGCUGUUUCCUUGUUUUGUCCCCCUUGUCCUGUCAUGGAAACCUGGCUGGGGUUGGCUCCUAAUAAUCUGUUAUUUGUCCCAUGUGACUCCACAGUUUGUUAGACUGGAUAUGAAGUAUUAUCCAUGCUGCAGUCUCAUUGUGCUUGCUGACUCAGAACAGCUCCGUAUUUUGGAUCUUAAUGUUUGUGCUUGUUCUGUUGAUUAUGAAGCAACACUAUCAAAGUAGAGCACAGGACGUACUCCACUACAGUAUAAAUGGCGAUGGCAGAAUUAUUCCCAGUCAGUUAAGUGUCCUUUGAUUCCUUUGCAAGUUUAAUCUGCAGAAAUCAAUAAGAGGAUACGUGUUGGGCGUGGGAGUCAACAACGACCCUGUUUGAUGGGUAAAGGGACAACCAAAUGGAUGAUGUGGGGGAGCAUUCAUCUUUCUUUAGGCAAAUUGGGCUGCUAGGUCUCGACUAAUUGAUUGAUCGUGCGACUUGCUGAUACAAUCAAAGGCUGGCCUGAUUUAUGGCGAUAAAUCGAUUGAUUGAUGCGGUUUGCUGCUGCGGGGUAGGUGGGUGAUGUUUGCGAGAGGCGGGGGGAGGACACCUCCUAGUCAGUCAUCCAUCUUGCUGCAGUCAGCUUUGUUGGUUUAGUGUAGUAUUAAGAAAUGCCUGCAUGUCCCCGCUGACAUUUCCAAUGAGCCGCCUGGCUAUGACCCGCUCCAGAUUAACCUCCACUUGUUCUCAUAAGGACUGCUGAUAUUAAAAGAUGGGGAACAGCAGCAGUUGGGGAUGCAAAGAUGAAGUGUGACGUUCUGGUUCACGGUUUGCAUAGAUCAUUAGGGAAAAGCACAAAAAUCAAUUGCACAUUCCAGAGUGAAUCAAAACAAAUAUCUUGAGCAGCGUAAUGCGAUGCUGCUUGUUGACUCUUCCAAGAUUACAUUUAGCCGAGUGUUUAAAUGCUGAUUUACAGUAAGACGGAGUCCAGUCCCUCCACCCGCCUGCCUGUUCAGAAUAUGAAAUUAAAGUUGAACACUGAAUCUCCAGAAGGGGGAGGAGGUUUGUGGACGCGUGGGCAGUGUAGCAUCAAAUAGAUUUUGUUUCCUCUCGUGUAAACGCCUAAUGUGCGCCGAGUGCCCUGACACAGAUGAAUGUAAGGAAUUUGCUGUAAAGACUUAACGGCCCUUUUGAGAGACAAGGCUAUGAACCGGUAGUGUGGAACGUGCAUCAGCUACCGCACCCACUUCACCAGCAUGCAACACACCCUGUACAUUGGGGAACUUAUUGUUUCUUGCGUCAGAAAAGGUGACAAUCAUUUCACAAACCUAUACCGCACUGUGUACAAUGUUAUGACGAAAAAGCAUUUUGCGCUUGUAUGCUUUAUACAGUUCACAUGGAUGUUCUUACCUUUUACAGUGAUGACGUUGAAGUAGUGCCUGUACUACCAUGCUGAAAACACUUUUAACUCCACAGACCGCUCUGGCUCGCCAUUGUUGCAUCAAGUUCUCUUGUGUGGCUUAGAGAUGUGAUGUUCGCGAACGAGUCGAGUCAUUUGAAUGGCUCUCUUAAGUGAACGAUGAGAAAUGAUUCCCAGUUGCAUAUAAGAAUGGCUUGUUCUUACUGUAUAUGUUAUGUAGUGGAACCUCUGUUUUUGUAUUUUGAGUUUUUUGUCUGAUCGAAUUAAUGACUAAUUAUUUUUCCCACAGGAAAUAAUGUAAAUACAAUUGAUCCGUUCCAGACACCCGAAAGUAUUAACAAAAAAUACAUUUUAUUGAGAAUAAUUAUAGUUUUACACACAAAAAACAAAGCGAAAUACCGCAAUUUCCUGACUAUUAGCCGCUACUGUUUUCAAACAACGAUGCGGCUAACUUAUGGCUAAAAGAACUACCAUGAUUCUUAGAGUGCUAAAAACGGAAGGUAGUGCAUUUCCGCAAUAGAAGCUGAUACCACAUGUUUUGAAGUCUGAUGCAGGGAUCACGUUUUGAUCUGACAAAUCUUAAGUAAGUUUGAUGAAGUGUAAAAUUACUUUAGCUUCUGCUUGGACUGCAGCAGCUGUUGAACCCUGAUGGGAGUGUGAUGCAAUCACAAAGUAUAUGAGGGAGGAUUGUAGGUUCAUAGUGCGCUUUUCUUGUUCAGUUCUUAAUGAUAUUCUUAAUAAUAAAGCUCAUAAGAAUUUGAUUUAAGAGCUGAUAUCUAGCAAAUUCCAUGGUUUUCUUGAUAACCAAAAUCACUUCCGUUCUUACAUGAAUAGCUAUAGCAUUAUACUGCCAAAAAAAUGAACUCUUAUGAGCUAUUUUUGUUGUCAUUGUUAUAUUUGUCCAAACAAAUGUACCUUUAGUUUUAUCAGGCAUUAAAAUGAAUCAGAAACUGAAGAAACAAGGAUGGCCUAAUCCUUCUUUCCAUAACUGUAAAAUUCAAUUCUGAAUCCCCGAUGUCACUUCCUGUCCACACGUCCGGAACAAAUUUACUGCAACACACACAAGCACAAGUCUUACUUAUGUCUGAUUAUAUAUACUAUAUUGAGUAAUGGGAGUUUAAAGUUGAUUACAGAGGUGUUAUUUCAUGUCUAGAGGGCUCAAAUAAUGUUAAAAACCGUAUUUAGAAGAUCAUAAACAGUUGGGUUUUUUUUAAUGCUCUAUCUACAAAAAUAUUCUAUUUAUGAAUAAGGAAUCCUAGUUCGGGGAAAUUCACUUAUCACGAUCUUGUCUGGAACCAAUUAACCGCAGUAAACGAGGAUUACUGUAUCUGUGAAUCAGUUCUCAUCGUUCAUUUAAAAGAGCUGUUCAAAGCACUUGAGUCCUUCGCAAACGUCACACUUCUGAGCGACCCGGUAGAUAUCAUUGCACCACGCACCACAUUUCACCCCUGUAAUUCAUGGCAUUGUAACGUUUCAAACAGUAAUUAAUUACUGGAAAACGGUUACUGCUGUUACUCUCAGCACUGGUUAUGACUGGGGAUGUGUACCGAUAUUAUACUGGCAUAAAAAUGAAAUAUUGGUUCUUGUAAUUUUUUUCAGCUGGUGAUGAUAUCGGCGAGGAAGUGAUGACGUGCUCAACACACGGCAACAAGCUUGCUAGCUCACUAUGUCCGCGGUCUGGAAUUAUUUACAUGUUUGGCCUUUGGAUUGUAAAUAUGUGUAACUGACCGUCUUAAUAAGAUGUCAGCUGAUGUGCAAGCUCAGCAUGACAAAAGAACGGCGUCACAUCAUAUAGCCGUCAAGAGUCCAUAGACGGAACAAUACAUUUAAGGCCUUCACACAGAAAAUACCGCAAUGAAAGCGCUGGUUAUGCGAUGGGGAAGUAAAACAUCUUCCUUUAAUUGAUCAUGAUGUUUUCCUGACUUAUGUUGAGAAAAUUUUUCUUACAUUUACAGUAUUUGUCAUAUUUUGCACAAGCAGUGUUUAUUUGUGACAUUACAGUAAAAUAACCAUAAUGUGUUCAUUAAUUACACCAGAUGUAAUCGAUAUCUAUCAAUUGUUAUCAACAUUGGUAAUGAAGUGCUGGACAAUAUAAUAUUAUAAUAUUGGUAUAUUGGAUCUCUGUAAAUAAUUGAGCAUUUGUAGUUGACACAUUCACUUGACCAAGGCUCACAUUCGCUUAUCUUAGUAUGCAAGAGCUACUGUGCUGCAUAACGGGGCGGUUUCUAAAACAAUUCAUGUAUAAACUGCCCUUUUAAGUGUCUGCUCCCAUUCUGCUGCACUGGUACAGAUCUUGGAGCCUUUGUGACAGCACUCAAAGCGCCAAGCUUCUUGUUGUCAGCACUAGUUUUAUUCCCACUCUCACCGCUCUAUUUAGAUUCCUUUUAUUUUUGGUUCAAAUGCCGUAAAAUGAAAGCACCAUAGAGAGAAGAGGAGGGUAAAGUAGCGUUCCCUCCGUCUCAGACAGGUGGCCUCGGUUUCAUGUCGCCGGGCCCAAGGGACACUAUAACUGAGCGAGAGGAGGGACCACUCUGAGCGCUACGCAGGUGGUGCGAAAUGUGCCCCCCCUCACCCUCCACACCUGAAAUAUUCAGAUUCUUCCAGCAGCGGAGCUUUGAUCUCGCUGCAAUCGACAGGGGAAAAUGGAGAGCGUACGGGGGAGAAAACAACAAAAACAAGAGGAAGAGCAGCACACCUGAGAGCGAACAGAUUGACAUUUCUUAAGAGAGAAUAAACAAUGGCAGGUUCGCCGUGUUGCAUUACUCCUUUACUCUAGCUCACCGGCUCAGAUAAAAGUGGGCCAUUGCGGUGAUUGCUGUUUCUUGAGAGCCUUCCUCCUCUCUUACCAACUGACCUGAAUGUUGGAGCUUCAGAGACAAAACAUCCCCUCUUCACUGUUACCUUUACUUUGAAAGGAAACAGGAAAACAAACCUUGUCCUUUUUAUUUAAUAGUUCAAAACGGACACGGUCUUGUAUUUUCUGCUGCGUCCCCUCAAGCUACCAGUUCUGUUGGAUCUCCUUCAGUUUGUACCGUUCCUCUGCAACUGAGGUUAUUGUGUCUUUUCUCAGGCGUCACCCCAGCAGUCAGCUAAUGAAUCAUAAGACUGUGUAAUUAGUCAUUGAAUGUACCACACCUUGACAAUAGCCACCCUGAUUGUAACCAUGCGGUUUGAAAGAAACAGAACAAUGGAUGGCCCUAAUGAUGAUAAAUAAGGUGUUUUAAUUGGCCUUCAUGUAACAUAUUCACCUUUUAGAAAUUGUGUUGAGAAGACAUUGUUUACAGCUAGAGGGCAUAUACAUAUAUAGUAGAUCUACGCUUUUUGCAGGGGUUCCGUUGCGGACCACAUAGCGAAUAUCUGCAAGUUCGACACCCCACUCCAAACUCUCCUGCCAUGUUCACUCGCAACACAAUCCAUACACACUUAGUAUAAAAUGUAUGUAGGUAAGGAGGGAGGUGCUCACCACUGAUGAAUGAUAAUGUAAGACGAUAAUUUCCAACGUUUUUUCUUGUGAGCUACUUUUUCAAAAUGAAAAUGGCCGAGAGCUACUCAUUUUUGUGACAUUUAUCUUCAUAUCUUAUUUUAACCAAAACAAACUCAAUAUGCAUGUUUUACCAGAACACUAACAAAAUGUUGGGAUUCAAAAACAUCAAAAACACUUCAAAAACAUGGUGUAGCCCUUAGCCCUUAGUGCUGAUGGAUAGACGGCCAGAGAAGGCGUUUUUCCAUGUUACGUCUACAUAAUUAACACUGUUUGCGUGUUGUAAUUCAAGUAUAUUCACUCCUGAUCAAAAUUUUAAGACCAGUUGAAAAAUUGCAAGAAUUAUCUUUUUGCACUUGUUGGAUCUUGAGGUUCUAAGUAGAGCUUCAAAAUGCUGCUGCAAACAAGCAUUAAAGUGAAACAGGCUGUUCAUCAGCUGAGCAAAAGUUUUAAGACGCAGCGCAGCAGACGCAGCAGACGCAGCCUCACUGUGUUUAGUACCGACUCUCGGCAGGAGACCAUUCCCUGAGGUUCCGAGAUGGCUCAUGCGGCUCUUGCAUGUCAGAGAUGUUCUUUUCCUGCUUCGGGACUCGAGCAGCAGCUUUCUGGUUAUACUGCAGCUGUUUUACGUCGUGUUUAGCAAGCCCAGUGAGAAGGCAGUUUUUGCCUCAUAUUGAUAUUAUUUUGAAUAUGGGGGGAUUAGACCCUUCAUAAUGAUCCAAUGAUGUGUUUACUUAUACCAUAUUAGUGCAUUUUCAGCAAGGAUCUUGUGCAUGUGAAUCAAAGCAGGUGUUUUUUGGAAUUAAAAAGACGUGUUGACAAGUAGGCUGUCCUCUGCCGCAUCAAGUGCCAAAAAUCUUCAAAAUGAAGCGCACUAUGACGAAUAAUGGCUGACAACACUGGUCACACCUUUUGCUAAUGAUCAUAACGCUCAUUCACAUUCCUUCCUUUUGUAAGAUUUAGCAUGCUGUUUGAAGACAACUUGACAUGCUGGGGAUUAAUUAUUUGGGAAGAUUUAUCAGGCAUACCAUUCCUGAGUUUAGAGAGCUGUCAGAAUGAAAUGUAGUUUUACGUUAGGUAAGUCCCAACCAUCUGCGUAUUUCCGCAUCGGUGAGUCAGUUUUGCCACACAGUGGACAUUUGCAGAGAGGGUGUGGGUGAUACAGUCAGUAGUCUAUACAGGACGCUUUUCCCGUCAGGGGUCACCACAGCAAUUGCGUUAUUAGUGCGGAUGUUCCGAUCAUGGUUUUAUGCUGCUGAUUCCGAUGCCGAUCAUCCAUGAGUGAAAUCGGCUGAUACCGAUCACAUUGAUUAAGCGUCAAUUUUUAAAAUGUACUUUUUCAAGAGAACAUACUGUAUAUCACUGGUGAAGCGAACCGACGAUCAGACGCCUUCUUUAGUCUUAUGAAUUCAAAUAUUUUUUUGGUUAUUUGCUAUACACUUCUGACUGUCACGCACAUAUGGGCAAGUGUCCUGAGAUUUGGCUCCAUUAGCUGCCGUUUGACUGAAGAUCACAUCGUGAGCCUCAAACUCACCAUGCUCCGUCAAGUGUUUGUUCUUCAAAUGUUAUAUUCAAUUAAAGCUUUUUAAUGUGCUAAUCCGGCGAGAUAUUUUUCGUGGCAUAUUUUGCAGGGUGCAAAAUUUAUAUCACACUCACAAACGACAGGUAAGGCCCACCGGGCAGACAUGAUUGUUUUGGUUUGGUACGGCUGCGCAGUGUGAAGGAAAGUGGGCGGGAGAGGUUGGCUACUGGCUGCUUGCCGCAACAGUACGAGCCAGAGUUGAUCGGCGUUGAAAGGCAUUUAUCGGCUUAUGACGAUCACAUGGAAAUCGUCCGUUUUUGAUUGCUGGCCGAUUGAUCGGCGCAUCCCUAGUGAUUUGUUUGUUUUUUAUGCCGGAUGCCCUUCCUGAUGCAACCCUGUCAUUUACGCCUAUUGUUCUGCAGACAGACAAAAAUCAUCGUGAAUCAUAUGUCCAUGAGCACUCUUAAAUAACCUGAAUCUUUGGCUCGUCUUAUUUUUUAGACACAAAAUACUUUCAUGUGGAUAGUCUGUAGACGUACUGUAGAUUGAUUAACCUUCCAUCAUAAAUAAAUGGAACCCGUUUAAGUCAACACUCCAUGGACUGGCUGACCUAUGUCGACAUAACCCAAUGACAAUGAAUUAGUGACAGUUUUAACUCGACCGACCGCUUGGGAUCGAGUUCUCUUGUGUGGCUUAGGGAUGUGAGGUUCGCCAACGAGUUGAUUCUUUUGAACAGCUCUUUUAAGUGAAAGAUAACUGAUUUCCGGGUUGCUUACAAGAACGGCUCAUUCUUAUAUCUUAUGUUUUUAUAUUUGCGAAUUGGUUCGCAUCGUUCACUUAAAAACGCUGUUGAAAGAUUCGACCAGGUUGCGAACAUUUGUAAAGCACAAAGCUAAAAAUAAUUUAUUAUUAUUACAAAACCAUGUAGCACAAGCAAUUGUGCCUAUUUUUGUUUCAUUUGGAGAAAAUUGGGGGUUGAGUGAACUUUUGAUUGACCGAUAAAAUAAUAUGUAAUAACUCAAAUGAAAAGUAACCAUUUUAAUUGCACGAGUUUGUUUUUUAUGACAUUUUUGCAGAGCUGCUGGAAAUGUGAAUUUCUUUUGGAGAUGAAUAAAGUAUCUAUUGAUCUACAAAACAGCACAAACGCAUCACAAAUGAUUGGGGCUAUUUGAGCAGAGUUUCUUCGUGACGCAGGUACUACCUCGACAUCAUUGGGUUAUGUCAACAACUGCUUAUGUCGACAUGAGUCAGCUAGUCCAAGGGGCGUCAACUGAGAUGGGUUCCAUUGUGCUAUGUUAUUUUAUAUACGGUGAAAGGAUAGUCAAUCUAUAUCUACUGUACAUACAGUGUAUUUACAUUAAGCGUUACCAAGGCCUACCAAGAAGACAUGAGCCAGAGUUUCACGGUACAUCUCUAUGAGCAAGCCUUAGAGCGGAUAAAAUUUAGAUAUUAGUGCAUAAUAACGCACCACAUUUUGUGGCAGUAACGGCAUUGGAACAUUUGAAAUAGUCAUUAAAUAGAUUACCCGUUACUGGAAAACAGUCUAUGUGUUAGUAACACUGUUAUUUUUAAUGCUGUUACUCCCAACACAAACCAAAACCGAAACUAGCCAUUGCUUGCACAUUUACUUUGGCAAGAGAUCUGAGGAGAAUGGAUGAUAAUAAAGGAUUUUUGAACCAACUGCAGUUUGUUGUCCUCCACUUGUGGAUAUCUGUGUUUUGAUUAGGCCUGUCACAGUAACAAACUUUGCUGGACGAUAAUUGUCCUACAAAUUAUUGUUGAUCAUCGAUAUUAUUGACAACAUUUUGAGAACAUUUUUUCAUGAAUUAUAUGGCAAAGUAAUGAUAGUACAUCGUAUCAAAAGCAAUAAACUUUAAUUUCUCAAGGGUAUUUAAAAUUGUAAUUGGGAUGUUAAGAGCUUUUAAAACAAAAAAAGACAAAAAAAACUCAAUGAAAAUAAAAUGGACUCUGUCUUUGUUAAGGAAAAAAAACACUCCAAUAAAAACCACACACACACACGCAGUUAUGUAGUGUAUUGAAGGGGGCUGGACCACAUGUGUUUCUGAUGUCCUUCAACAUGUUUUCUUUCACUCAGUUAUACAAGUCAGGAAUUGCUGUUUGUGACAUGUACAUGUAUGUUCUCCCAGGCAUUCCGUACUGUCUGUCAAACAUUUCUAACAUUUCCCGAAAUGUUGCAUUUCUUUUGCAAUGUAGCAAUCGACACUGACUGACUCUCGGGACGAAGGCUCCUUUCCACCUGCGUUUGAGAGGGAGCUCAACUCUGUAGCAUCUGAGCUGGCGGGUCGACAAGAGGAGAGUGAAGACUCCCAUCGGCAUCUGGUAGAACUGAGUAGGGAGUUCAGGAGAAAUGUACCGGAGGAGGUCCGGGAGAUGGUGGCACCAGUUCUCAAGAGUUUCCAAGCCCAGGUGGUCGCUCUGAACAAGCGGAGUAAGGAGGCUGAGUCUGCAUUCCUAGGUAUCUACAAACAGCUUAUUGAAGCCCCAGAUCCGGCUCCUGUACUGGAGGCCUCACACACCCUGGGGGAAAGGCUGCAGCAGCUUCAGAGUUCAGCCCCGGACAGUGAGGCCCUGGUACGAGAGAUCAGUGUUCACUGGAAGAAACACCUGGAGUGCCUUGAAAAGACAGAGCCCACUAACAACGGUGCUGCACACCCAGCGGAGACGGGGGACCCGUUAGGGUCUACCCCACCUCCAGCUUCCCACAUGACCCCCAACAGCACGCCAGCUCCAGGAGCCCCAGGCUCUCCACAGGAGAUCUACCAGGACCAAACUGAAGGACAAGGGGAGGAGGAGAAUGCUGGUGUUAGUUUGGCUGACAGACUGUCAGAGGCAGAGGAGAAAAUCAAGGUUCUGCAUUCGUCUUUGGACACUGCACAGACAGAGCUACUUGACCUGCGUUGUAAAUAUAGCCAAGAGAUGACAAACAAGGCGGACGAAAUGAGCACCAUCAUGGCCAAACUUGAAAAGGCAAACCAGCGAGCAGAAAUGGCUCAGCAGGAGGUGGAGAGGCUAAAGGAGCAGUUAGCCAGUGGCCCUCACCCAGCUGAGGGCACAAGCAAGGAAACCAGUGAGAGGGGCGAAGUGUUGCCCUCCGAAAUGGAGGCCACUCUUCUUGCGAAAGAUCGUGAAAUCAUUCGUCUUCUUGAAAAUAUUCAGCGGCUGCAGUUCACCCUCCAUGAGGUUCAAGAGACCUCGGCCAAUCAGAUCAUAGAGCUGGAGCGACAGCUGGCCUUCAAGACAGAAGCGAUCGAGAGAUUAGAAGCUAAAUUGAGAUCCCAAAUGGAUUAUGAAGAGAUUAAAACUGAACUCAGUAUCCUAAAAGUCAUGAAACUGGCCUCUGCAAAUGGCAGCUCAUCCCAGGACUCUGCUAAGGCCACAGAAGCGCUUUUACUGGAUAAAGAGGAAUUUCUUCCAUCUCACAAAUACCUGAUGGAGAAGGCCCGCAUUUUGCACAGCACCGAUGAUGACCACUCUGAGGAUGGAGGCAGAGAGACAGGCAGGCCACCUGGAUCCAACUCAUCGUCAUCUCAGGUGGAUGGCCGAGCCUCGCCCAGUCCUGGUCCUCCAGUGCUGGAUGGCUUCUCCUCCAGCCACGAUCUCCCCCGUCCCUUCUCUGUGUCGCCGUGCUCUGGGGACCACCUACUCCACAAGCAUCUUCUCUCCCCACAUUUUAAAAAGGAGAGCCAUAUGGCUUUUCCCACUGCACUAUACGCAGCCAAGGUUGCCCUAAUGUCAUCCACUCAAGGGUCAGGGAGUAGCGACACAGGCUUGCCCAGCGACCAGUCGGAAAGUGGCGGCUCAACUGCAGGGGAUGAUGACCAGAUAGACACUGCAGAGAUUGCUUUCCAGGUGAAGGAGCAGCUACUGAAGCAUAAUAUUGGCCAGCGUGUGUUUGGCCACUAUGUGCUUGGCCUCUCCCAAGGCUCAGUCAGUGAAAUCCUGGCCAGGCCCAAACCCUGGAGGAAGCUGACUGUCAAAGGCAAGGAACCCUUCAUUAAGAUGAAGCAGUUCCUUUCCGAUGAGCAGAACAUCCUGGCACUUAGGACCAUCCAGGUCCGACAACGAGGGAGCAUCACUCCACGCAUCCGAACUCCAGAAACUGGGUCAGACGAUGCCAUCAGGAAUAUCCUGGAGCAGGCCAAGAAGGAGAUCCAGUCCCAGAGGGGAGGGGAUUCCAGGACAUCGGUGAACACCACCUUGAGCAGAAGCAGUAACGGAACAAGCAACAGCUCUGAUGAAACCAUUAAAAACAUCCUAGAACAGGCCAGGAGGGAGAUGGAGUCCCAGCAGCAGACCCUGGUGGAGAUGGAUGGCUGUGGAAGAGCCUCAACAGUUGGCACAGUAGCCCAAGUGGAACGUUUGGGCCCGCCUGAGCGCUCCAGAGGCCUGUCUUUGCCCAUCUCCAUCAAACAAGAAGAGGGGGGCUGCGUUACUGUUUGCAUGGCCAAUUCCAUCAGCAGUCCCCAGACACCCCUCAGCGUUCUCUCUCCAGCCGCCUUCGUUCAGAACAUCAUCCGCAAAGUCAAGUCAGAGAUCGGAGAGGUCGGCACCUACUUCGACCAGCACUGGGCUCAGGAGCGGGGGUCGAUGGGGCUCUCCGGUGUGGGUAGCUCUCGACCUUUUAAUUCCAUCUCUCCCUCUGUGUCUUCUUCGUCCUCUGGUCCCUCUGUGCUGGCUCGACCCUGGCCCCGCCUGGAGAACGGUGAGUGUCUUAGCGAGGAGGCCUCUGCCCCUGAGGAGGAGCUGGGGCUGGGUCGGCCCAUGGAGGUGAAGGUGGAGUCAGACACAUCAGUCAGUGGCGAGUCCCCAGGCCCGAGUCCCGGGCGGCUUUCUUACUACCCAGCAUAUGUUCCCCGAGCUCUGAAGCCCACCGUCCCACCGCUGACUCCAGAGCAGUACGAGUUGUACAUGUACCGAGAGGUUGACACCAUUGAUCUAACCAGGCAAGUGAAGGAGAAGCUGGCUAAGAACGGAAUCUGCCAGAGGAUCUUUGGUGAAAAGGUGCUUGGGCUUUCUCAGGGGAGUGUGAGCGACAUGCUGUCACGGCCCAAACCCUGGAGCAAGCUGACCCAAAAAGGCAGGGAACCUUUCAUUCGCAUGCAGCUCUGGUUACUUGAUCAGCUCGGACAGACCCUCAACCAGACGCCCAACCAGGGCCACGCUCAUGAUAAAAGUCCAGUGAUGAGCCAGUCUUUGCCCUCCCCAUCCGUGAGCCCAGCAGAGGGUCAUCCCAGUCCGCUGGUGGAGCCGGUCAGCCUCUCCCUGGAAAGCAGCAAGGAGAACCAGCAGCCUGAGAGCCUGGUUCUGGGGCUCCCUUCCCAAACGGAGGGAGGGAAGUCCACCCCCAGCCUCAUGGGCCAGCAUCACCCCAGUCACCCACUUGGCAUCCAGGAGCUGGUGGCCAUGUCUUCUGAGCUGGACACCUAUGCAAUCACAAAGAAAGUCAAAGAGGUUUUAACGGACAACAACCUAGGCCAACGUCUUUUUGGGGAGACCAUUCUGGGUCUGACUCAAGGAUCUGUGUCUGACCUGCUGUCCCGGCCCAAACCUUGGCACAAACUUAGCCUGAAAGGCAGGGAGCCAUUUGUCCGCAUGCAGUUGUGGCUCAACGAUCCUCACAAUGUAGACAAGCUGAGAGCAAUGAAGAAGAUGGAGAAGAAAGCUUACCUGAAAAGGCGUUAUGGGCUACUGAGCACGGGCUCAGACAGCGACUCGCCCAGUACUCGCUCUGAGUGCGUGAGCCCAGCCUUGUCCUCGCUAGACCUGUGCUCUUAUGGCCAGGUGAAGAAGCCCCGGGUGGUGCUGGGUGCGGUGGAGAAAGAAACCCUGAGGAAGGCCUACCUCCUGGAACCAUACCCCUCACAGAACACCAUUGAGAUGUUGGCUUCCCAGCUCCACCUCAAAACCAACACUGUUAUCAACUGGUUCCACAACUACAGGUCCAGGAUGAGGCGUGAGGUGCUAAUGGAGGGCCUGCCAGACAACGACACAGAUGCUGAGCACCACAGCUACUCUCCGUCAGCGACACGGAGUCCUCACUCUGACGGGGAGGAGAGGAGGCUGCAGCAGCCCUCAGGACACAACCACUCUAGCCUUCCUCCAUGCACCAACACCGCACCACAUCCUUUCGUUAAACAGGAGGCGGUAGACGGGGAGAACGAGGCGGAGGUGGGGGCAGAGGGAUCGGUGAGAUCUUCGAGAGCUCAGUGUUUUUCCACUGCGGUGGAAUUCCCACAGUUGAAAAGUGAGCACGAGGAGCCUGCCAUCAGCUGCUGUGAUACCCUCUUGGCUGGCCAGAGCAUGAAGAAGGAGGAGGAAAUGAGCAGUCAGGCUGCACUUUACGCUGGCGCCGCCUCCAUAGAGGCCCCCCAGAGAGCAUCCCAGUCCAGGCACGAGGGGGAAGACGCUGGAAAGUCUCCCGUUGACCCGGUCAGCUUCAAGGCCUCGUCAGAAGCCUGCCGCAGCAGCUUAGAGGUCUCCCUCAACUCCCCGUCUGCCGCGUCCUCACCCGGUCUCAUGAUGUCUGUCUCUCCCGUGCCCUCCUCUUCUGCGCCAAUAUCCCCCUCGCUGCCGAACCCGCCCUCCACGAGCACCAAUCACAGCCUGGACCCCAACCCGCCGCCUCCUUUCCAAAGCCCCAAGCUCAACAGAAGCAGCCAGAGACGCAAUGAGAAAAUGGCCAACCUCAAUAACAUCAUCCACAGGUUAGAGAGAGCAGCCAAUCGAGAAGAAACACUGGAAUGGGAGUUUUAAAUCUCUCAUUGGCGAGUAGCAAAUAAAACUUCUUGAAGACUUGGAAUGGAGCCUGGCUCCUGAAGGCCUGGAAAUGGGAACACAGAGCAAUCACGAUGCUGAAUUCCCCUCAAGAUCUUCAAGUUGGAGAUAGAAAGUUUCUAAGUGUGUUUGUUUCUUUUUUUGUAACUAUGUAUGACAGCACUAGCUGUCCUUUUACCUUUUGGACUGGACAUGGAGACUUCUAGCCUCGAGACUUGAGACUUGCAGCUACGGUGUCAUAAAGAUGCGCACUGAAAUCCUGUAGAUUGCCACUUGGUGAGAUUAAAAAAAACAAGACCCCUGUCUUAAAGCCAUGAAAAGCACUAUAACUAUUUGAAAAGAGACAUUGACCAAAUUUGCUACUUUUUGCAUAGCAAUUUUUCAGAUUUUGUCUUUAAAGAUGGGACUGAACAUGAAAUCAUUUUACCGACUGAGGGAUAGUCCUUUAAGACUCUAAAUAUUCCACAUCUCGUAUGUAAUUAGUUCCUUGAUGAUAUGUUUGAAGAUAUUUGUAACUCACACGUAUAAAAUGUGUUUGUACAUGUUGUAGAAUUGUCUGCAAUAGCCUUCUCUGAAACCCAUGUAGCAUGGUACUCACCUGACCCUCUUAUUCUCUGUAGUUAGUCACCUGUGCUUAUACUUGAGUGAAAACAAGAGGAACAAAAAAAGAUGAAAAAUAACAGAAAGGAGGAACUAUAACGAGGAGAGUACUUUUAAACAAUGUUGUAAUUCUACAAACGAUUGAUGAGCGUUACGGUUGAGGACCCACAUGCGUAGCAUAGCCAGUACCACACACAGUACACACAAGCACAGUUUACAUGAGUUUUUUUAGUCAGACUUACUGUACCUCUCGUGUCCCUCUAAGGCAGUGUUUCCCAAUCUUUAUUCGGCCAAGGCACAUAUUUGACAUUACCCCCAAACAAAAAUGCCACAAAAACUACAUAUACAGGUGACAGACUCGAGUCACUCACUGAAGCGAAGCGGGUACUUGAUUCACUCGGGUCGUCCGUUCCAGAGGGCGUGCACUGGAACUCGCACAUGCGCAACAAUUUGUGAAUCAGGUACUCGAGUCACCAGUCAAAGAGCGCAUCCGUAGAAACUUUCAUGCAUCAGAUAUACUCUGACCACUGGAGUCACGGAGUGCAUGUGCAGAAACUUGCACAUGCGCAACAAGUUGUGAAUCAGGUACAGGAUUCACCCGAGUCACCCGCCACUGCCUGCGAAGAAACUGGCAUAUGUUCCAUCCACUGUGCUCCCGACUGGUCCCAGAUUUAAUCACGCCCUGACACUUUACCCUUUUUCCUUUUUUAAUUGAGCAAGCGUUUACGCGUGUGAGUAAGUGAACAAGUUUGUGCAGACGAGUACCCGUGAGUCCCUAAUCAGGAGAAACAAAAAGUCUCAUUCAUCACAUCUCUAGUCCUCUUGCGUAAAUGAAAUGCUCUUAUCACUCGCAUAUGUUCCAUCACUCGGCAUGGCUCAGGUGGUAGAGUACCUGAAGGUUGCGGGUUCGAUCCUCCGUCCGCCCGUGAUCAUGUCGAAGUAACCUUGGGCAAGAUACUGAACCCCCGUUUGCUCCUGAUGCUGCGUCAUCAGUGUGUAAAUCUGCUAACAGUGUCAAAGCGCUUUGAGUGCUUCGGAUGUGGAAAAGCGCUAUACAAGUGAAGGAACCAUUUAAGUAUAGCAAUCAGUGAAUAUGUGAUCGUCUCACAGAGACGAGUGAGUCUCGAUUCAGGAAAAAACUUGUCUUUGGAAUGACUCAUUCAUGACUUGCAGAUCUCUAGUACUCUCUAGUCUACGUACAGGGGCAUUGCAAGGGAGGGAGACACAGGAAGUCUCAAUAAUGAGACCGCGAUGCUUGUUGUUCAUUUUGAAGGAGCAGACCCUUUCAUAUGUUCAAGGAAACCAUCUUUACCCUCGGUGAUGGUCACGGCAGUUGAACGGCGUAGUCCAAGCAUGCAAUAUUAACAAAAAAUACAUUUUAGAGAUCAUAAUUAUAGUUUCACAUGCAGAAAACAAUGCAAAAUGAAAAAAAAAUGAUGACUGAACUGGAAAAAUGACCAUUUAACAUCACUUGAACCUUUACUGAAGGCUUGUUGGUGACGCAGGAGAGCUUUUGGCACAAGUUCUUUCUUUUCAUGUUUUUUAUCAAAUUGCUGGCGCUCUCAAAUUUUAAGCCACAUUGCGGGUUAUUUAGUAGCCGCCUUCAAUAAAAAAUGACCGUGAGUCGGAAAAGCGUAGGGUGCUGUGUUUGGGCACUGUGUUCCUCGGAACGAUACGGUAUAGGCCAAACAUAUUCGUUCGUUAUGUGCGAUAUUGUACGAUAACCGACACGAUGUACAAAAAGUUUCAUGGAAAACCAAAUCAUACAAAAAUUGGGGCGUUUGAAAGCAAAGGGUUGACUGUUCUUUACUUGGAGUAAAUAAUUAAUACAUUGCGGACCGAUGAAGUGAAAUUGGAUCAUUUCCUCGCAGCACACCAAAUAAUCGAAUGUGCCGCAGCACAGUGGUUGGGAAUCACUGCUCUAAGGCAUCACACAUGGUUGACCUCAGAAUAUCUUAAGGCACAUCAUGCAUUGACCAUACGACUCGUGCUCGUUUGAAGAAAUAACGGGGAACCGUGUGCGCCACGUGCAUUUGGCAAACAAGCAUCAAGGUGCAAACUUUUGUUGUUUUAUUUCAAAAGAAGGGAGAUAACUCCCUUGUCGGUGAUCUUCCUCCAAGCUUACACCUGACUGAGUGCACUUUCUCCAAACGGAUCAUGUACUGUAGCUAGACUAAUAAUGUAUACUUGAUGAAACACCUCAACCUCUAACGCAUUGUGCAUGUUACCACCCAACACUGCAGAGAGCAUGAUCAUGACAGUAUGACCUCAUCCACAUGGGAACAUUCAGUUUGGAAGUUAAUUAUCCUCGCUUAUUAUCUUUGUGUUUUGUGUUGGUACCAGUUAUUUGUCAUGCUUGCAAAAUGUUCUUUUUUAUGUAUUUUGCUUCUAUUUUAUAUUCCGAACCACAGUUAGAUGUCCAUGACUACUUACAGCACUUAGAUAAUGAUGCGGACUCGAUGUCAAAUAUCAACAUAUUAGUGUCCAAGUCCUUUCAUUGACUGUAUCGUGGAAAUUGGUAGUAAACACUUGGAUUGUAUUACGUAGAGAUAUAUAUAGGGCACUGUUACACAAAAUAAUAUCUUCAAUUCUUGGAGCAAAAUGUGCUGACUAGAAUGAAAUGGUUAUAAUGGAUGGUCCGGUCGAGCUUGCCCACGGUUAAGAAGUUCUCUCAGGGUAGCCUUGCUUUCUACAGCUUUACUCACAACCGCCCUCCUCCUCUUUGGUGGAAAACAAGAAAACAAGAGAAUGACUCGGACACAAACUGACCAGUUUCAGGGGAGUCGUUGCAAGUUGAAUGAAGCGCCGCCAGUGUGUCAUAGGUUGAAUCUACAAGGGUGUGGGCAAUGGGUGCCACUUUUUGUUGAAGCAGAUGUGUUUCUUUCUGGAGUUCAUGCCGCCAUGUUUGUGCAUAAUACACUGUAUGGUUGGAGGUUUAUUUAUUUUGGAGCAGGGGUGCCCAAACCUUUUUCCAGCAAUACAUAAGAAUUGAAGGACACGGGGGGGGGGGGCACUUUGAUGCAUUUUGUGCGUUAAAGAUGCUAAAACGAAUCCAGUGUAGGCCAGGGUAUGCUACUCACAAAAAGUUAGGAAUAUUCAGCUCAGGAUCAACAUCUUGUUUGAAGCCUCGCAAUGACGAGGUGGGCCAACCCACCCAAUUGGUGCCAACUUUCUCAAAAAAAAUACACAUUUCUGCCUUUUUCAACUCUAAAUCUGAUAAUACAUGUGUUGAACUGCAUAAAAUGUCUAUUGGCCCAUCUCAGGCAACUUUAUUUCAUUUUUUUACAUGUCUCCUCAGCCAAAAUGACUCCUUUAAGUAACAGGACGCAAAAUAGCAGUAGUGAGUUUUUAGAAUAGAGUUAGCAAAUACAUGAAGUAUAACCGCACGGAAUUUAUGAUAAUAUGUUGACACGAAGCACAUUAGUGAUUCGAAAAAAAUUGUAAAAAUAAGUAACGUCCAAAAAUGAUGUAGGUAACAGGACUGUGCAGAGAUUUUAAGUCAUGGUUGAAAUAUCAUCGAAUAUACUCAAAAAUAAAUCAAGUGCUUUUGGCCUUCUGAAUGAGGAUCUGAAUAAUGAAACUUUUGGACUUGUGGAAUUUUCCAAAUGUUUCAGAGGAUGUAUAUAUAUAUACACUGCUGAUCAAAAUCUUAAGACCAGUUGAAAAAUUGCUAGAAUUUGCAUUUUGCACAUUUGGAUCUUAAUGAGGUUUUAAGUAGAGCUACAAUAUGCAAAAGCAAGAAAGGGGAGUGAGACAAAAAACAUUUGGAACUUGUAAUUUAAACACAAACAAAAAAACUGAAAUUGGUUGUUUAUCAGCUGAUCAAAAGUUUAAGACCACAGGCUAUAAAAGUGAAAUCUGCUCAAAAUUUUCAUUUUCUGUCAGGCAUUCACACUGUCAUGCCCUCCUGAUGGCUAAAGCUAAGAAGCUUUCUCUUUUUAAAUGUGGCUGGAUUGUCGAGCUGCAUAAGCAAGGCCUCUCACAGCGUGCCAUUGCUGCUGAGGUUGGGUGCAGUAAGACGGUCAUUCUAAGUUUUUUGAAAGAUCCUGAGCAUUAUGGAACAAAAAAGUCAAGUGGUAGACCCCAAAAAAAUCACACCUGUGCUGAGCCGGAGGAUCUGAUUGGCUGUCCAACUAGACACAUGGAGGUCUUCGACCCAAACUAAGACCCUUACUGGUACAGACUGCAGUGCAAUGACCAACCAUCAGAUGGCAUCUGUGGGAAAACGGUUUAAAAAACAAAAAACAAAUUCAAAGACCAACGCCACAAAACUGCCCGUUUAGACUUUACCAGGGGGCAUCAAACAUGGGACAUUGAAAGGUGGAAAAAGUUUUAUUCUCUGAUGAGAAAAAAUGUAACCUUGAUGGUCAAGAUGGCUUCCAACAUUACUGGCAUGACAAGGAGAUCCCACCUGAGAUGUUUUCUACCUGGCACAGUGGAGGGGGGUCCAUCAUGAUCUGGGGUGCUUUUUCAUUCAGUGGAACACUGGAGCUUCAGGUGGUGCAGGGUCAUCAAACGGCGGCUACUUGCAUGCAGAUGUUGCAGCGGGCAUCCUUCAUGACUGAGGGCCCACGUCUGUGUGGUAACAGCUGGGUUUUUCAACAGCACAACGCUGCAGUUCACAAUGCUCGCUUGACCAAGGACUUCUUCAGGGAGAAUAACAUCACUCUUUUGGACCAUCCUGCAUGUCCCCCUCAUUUAAAUCCCAUAGAGAACAUUUGGGGAUGGAUGGCAAGGGAAGUUUAUGAAAAUGGCCAUCAGUUCCAGACAGUUGAUGCCCUUCGUGAAGCCAUCUUCAUCACUUGGAGCAAUGUUCCCACUAGCCUCCUGGAAACACUCGCAUCAAGCAUGCACAAACCAAUUUUUGAAGUGAUUAACAAGAACAGUGGAGCUACCCAAUACUGAGUCCUACUGAGAACAUUUUGGGUUCCGGUUUGGAGAGUUUUUUGUUCUUUUUUGAGCAACUUUUGAUCAGCUGAUAAACAGCCUAUUUCAGCUUAAUUGUUGUUUUCAAUAAAUUACUUCUUCAAAGUGCUUUUUUUCUCACUCCCCCUUCUUGCUUUUGCAUAUUGUAGCUCUACUUAAAACCUCAUUAAGAUCCAAAUGUGCAAAAUGCAAAUUCUAGCAAUUUUUCAACUGCUCUUAAGAUUUUGAUCAGGUCUGUGUGUAUGUGGCAUCUUUGUGUGUAACAUGUCUGGACAAUUUCAAUUAUUAUAUUUCAUGGUAAAGUCUACCUUUAUGAAUCAUAGUCAGGCAACAAAUGUUGUAUUUCCGGUGUUUAAGGUAGUUUAAAAUCAUCUUUCGAAUUAUGUUCAUUAAAUAUUGCAGUUAGACACUUUGCUUAAUUAAAAAACUAUAUUUGACGGUUGGUUUUAUUGUGCAUUUCUACAUGUUAUUUCCUGGGCGCGCCAAUAGCACCGAUUCAGCGGCAUGGCGAGCCACUGUUGGUCAGUUGCUAGGUGUUGUCUUGGCCACAUGAUGUCAACAUGUGAACAGCAUGAUGAAGAGGACUGUUUAAAUACCAAUUCUAAUUCAACCAGGACAUUUAGCGGUCCCUUCCUGGAUUGCACACCUUUGUGAAUUUUGCUGCUCAGCAUCUUGCGAGAGAACAGCGAUUGUGCAAAAGGCACUGAAACAUUGAACAGUUGACCAUGUGCGUUCAAAAGUUUAGAGAAGAUGAAACGAAGUUCACCUGUAAAGACUAUAGUGCAUCGUAGCUCCAUCCUGAAAUGUCGCCCAAAUAUUUCUCCCUUUUUGUGAGUCGCGUAUGCUAAGCUAUCUGAACAAAACAUCAUUUUAGCUUUGUGUUGAAAGUGACAAAGCAAAUUAGUGUGUUGUCUAAUAAUACAUCCCAUCAUAAUGAAUUCAUUUUAUUUUGAGAAUAAGGCCAAAAACAGCCCUCGGGGGCCGCUCUUUGGACACCCCUGUUUUUGAAACAUGCUGCCUAGAAGAAAUGUAUUUAUGAAGAGCGUUAUCCUCAUGAAAAUGUCUUUGUUUUGCAUGCAACUAGAUGACAUGACAAAGGAUAGACUGUGGUUUUUGUGUUGUUCUUGCACAGGGACAUUCCAACAGCACUUAAGUCUUUUUAUUAUAGUGAAGUCUAUGCAUGUUGCAGCUGAUAGAUUUCAUUCUGAAUCCACUCUGACAUGAAGCCACGACCAACCCGGGUAACAUUGCUGUCACACAAAAUAUUGAAAUCAUGUUUUGGUGCCAUAUCAUACGCCUCGGGCAUUAUGCCUCCUCACAAGGCAUGACUGAAGAGGGUUUGGGCUUCUUAUAACCGUGUUAUUACGAAAGCAAAGCUUGAUGUAAAACGGAACCGACUCAUUAUAUGGAAGAAUAGAGUGACUAAACCUUUACAUCUUUGGUCAGCUUACAUUCAAUGAUUUUUCUCCGUUGUGAGCAAAUGGCAGUGAGGUUUUGUCGCAAAGUUUCCUGAAAGGCAAAAAGAUAAUGCCUCUCACAUCAUGGCUCGGACAUGUUAAAAGAUGGAUCUUCUUGGAAAGUUGCAUAUGUAAGCCAUCGUUCAAUACAUGAUUAUUUAAGACAUUGCUGUGUUGGUGUUUUCAUUUCUGUUUUAUUUCAA